AUGUCUGAACUACGACAGCGAAUACCCAGCCCGGCGAAGCAAGAUGAGCAACCUCCGCUGGAAACAAAAGGCGACGAGCCGAGGCUGAAGCAUGGGAUUUUCAUGCAGAUUAUUCGGUCUCUUCUUCUACUCACUUGGUUUGACGGGUGCAGUGUUUGUAUAGUAGCUAUGCAGCUGAUUGGAGCGCCGCUAUAUCUCAUCAACAAGGACUAUUUUUACGCCUACAUGGCCAUGACGAAGCAAUGCUUUGGGAUCGUUAUCAUUACCGUCACCCAGUGGGGUGCUCCGACACUGGUCCGAAUUAGUGGCGAUGAAACAGUCAGAGGGCAGCUUCAUCUUACUGCUGAUGGCCGAUUAAAGACGGACUUCUCGAACCGUCUCGUGUUCAUCGCAAACCACCAAGUCUAUACAGACUGGCUGUACCUGUGGUGGAUCACUUACACCUCGCGUAUGCACGGCCACAUCUAUAUCAUAUUGAAGGAGUCUCUCAAAUACCUGCCGAUACUUGGUCAGGGGAUGAUGUUUUACGGAUUCAUCUUCAUGGCUCGGAAGUGGGAAUCGGAUAAACCGCGUCUACAACAUCGCCUUGAAAAACUCAAAACUCGCCAUUCGGGCCCAAUGUCUGGCACCCAAAGUCUGGACCCAAUGUGGCUGCUGAUUUUCCCCGAAGGAACAAAUCUGUCUACCAACACAAAGAGGAUCAGUGACAAGUAUGGCGAGAAGGCGGGCAUCGCACCUCUCAAGCAUAUGAUUCUCCCCAGGUCCACCGGUCUGUUUUUCUGCUUGCAACAAUUGAAGGGUACUAUGGACUGGGUUUACGACUGUACUAUUGGUUAUGAAGGGCCGCCAAAAGGCUGCUAUCCCGAUCGCUACUUCACGCUACGAUCUACAUACGGCCAGGGUCGCCCCCCAAAGUCGGUGAACAUGCAUUGGCGGCGCUGGGCUCUGGAUGAUAUUCCCUUGGAUGAUCAAAAGGUUUUCGAGGCCUGGCUCCUGGAACGCUGGAGGGAAAAGGACGAUCUGCUUGACCAGUUUUUUGAGACCGGACGAUUCCCAACCUCGCUCGAGUCUUCUAUUGACAGCACUGGGGUUACCGGACAGCAAAAGACUGAAGCCUCGCGUGGGUAUCUAGAGACAACGAUCCGCUUGACACACUGGUUUGAGAUUGGCCAGAUCUUUGGGAUACUUGGGUUCUGGCAGCGUCGUGACUUUUUCCUGCAAACGCCCUCCCGUCGCGCCGCCCAGCGUCCCCCGACAGAGAACAUGGCAGCAGCCGUGGAGAACGGUCACGCAAAUGGCCUUGAUGGCCUAAACGGAGCUGUGCCCGCCGAUGCUCGCUUCUCCGAUAUUCCUUCGGCCAUUGAUAUUCCCGCGUCGACGUUUGACAGUGAAGUGGAAGUCAGCCUCGAAGAACUGCCCGACGACCCAACCGAACUCUGCACGCUUUUAGAAAACGAGAAAGCCGCCAAAAACUUCUGGGUCAUCAUCGCCUUGGCCUAUGCGAAGCAGAAACAAUUUGACCAUGCGAUCGAAAUCCUCCAAAAGGGUCUGGCGUCUGUCGCUCACGGGGCAACAAAGGAGAAACUGGUGCUUCUGGGCUGGGUAUGCUGGCUGUUGAUGCUGAAGAGUCGUCAGGCUCCUCGAGUUGCCCCCGAGGGAGCUGGCUCUGAGGUGCGGACCAAGGACUACUAUCUUCAGCAAGCAACGUCGACCUUGAACGAGGCAUCUCGCCUGAACCCAUCUCAUCCACCUUUGUUUCUUGCCCGCGGUGUCCUGUCGCUUCUACGCGCAUCCUUGUUGCCCCCGAAACCGGCCAGGCCAGGCAUUCCGGAUAACUCAGAAAGGGUCGAGAUGUUACGGCAAGCUUUGAAAUGCUUCGAGGAAGCCGCCAAGGGCUCCGGUGGUAGAAACGUGAUGGCCUAUCUGGGUCUUGCGAGAGCGCAGUAUUCUUUAGGGAAAUAUGCAGAAGCACUCGUGACAUAUCAGCAUGUCCUCGGGAAAAUGCCCAGUCUCACGGAUCCUGAUCCUCGAAUUGGAGUUGGGUGCUGUUUAUGGCAACUGGGCUUUAAGGAUCGAGCCAAGGAUGCUUGGGAGCGCGCACUGUUUUUGAACCCGAAAUCAAAAGUGGCAAACGUUCUGCUAGCAUCCUACUACCUUCACAACAGUUCUCAAUACCCGACGAGCGACCCGCGAUUCGGUGAAUUAUACAAAACCUCCAUGACACACACGUCAAAUGCCCUCAAGCUGGAUAAAGACUACCCCAUGACCUGCGCAAGGUUUGCAGGCUACAAAUUGAUCCGCAAGGACUACCAGGCAGUGGAAAUUCUCGCCCGCAAGGCUAUUGAACAAACAGAUGUCAUGUCUAUUGCUAGUGACGGUUGGUUCCUUCUAGGACGAAAAGCUCACUAUGAAGGCGACACAGCCAAGGCUACCGAGUACUUCAACCGAUCAGACCAAGCCCGCGGUGGUGUUGAUAGCGGAUACUUGCCGGCCAAGUUUGGAGUCGUUCAGAUGCAAGUCAAGUCCACGGAUCUUGACGGAGCAAAGUUUCGACUGGAAAAGAUCAUUCAGCAGACGAAAAGCUCAGAGUGCAUGUCCUUACUGGGUGCUCUGCUCGCCGAGGAUGUAUUUUCUGCGCAAGCGAGCGGCAGCAAGGACGACAAAUCCGCGGAUGCCACAAAGGCUAUCGGGUUGUUUGAAUCAGUCCGAAGUCUUUGGAAGGAUUCGACCAAGAAUAUCUCGCCCGAUGAAUCUGUGUUGAUAUAUCUUUCGCGCUUAUACGAGACUACCGCUCCGGAAAAGAGCAUGCAGUGUCUCACACAGUUGGAAGAAAUGCAGAUGGAGCAGGUCGCCGACCAGGAUCGCCCUCAAGACAUUGAGGAUGAGGCCGCUUUCAAGGCUGCUCUCCGGGACUACUUGCCACCUCAACUGUUGAACAAUAUCGGCUGCUUCCUUUACCAAUCGGACAAGGCUUCUCAAGCUAAGGAUCUCUUCCAGUCUGCACUGAAUGCCUGCACGCGUUCUGAAGAAAGUGAGGGCGAGAAAACAACGGAUGCACUUGUCACAACCAUCAGUUAUAACCUUGCCCGCGCAUUAGAAGCGCUCGAUAUACCCGACGAAGCCAAGAAGACUUAUGAGAGUCUUCUCGAACGCCAUAGCGAUUACACCGAGGCUAAUGCACGCAUGACCUAUCUUGCACUCCGCCAAAGCCCGACAGACGAAGGGCCGAAGAGAAUGACCAAACUUUACGAGAGUGACUCGACCAAUCUCGAGGUUCGCGCAUUGUUUGGUUGGUAUCUCAGCAAGUCUAAAAAGCGAGUUGCCAACAUAGCCGAAGACAACGAACAGCGACAUUACAAGCAUACGCUACAGCAUUUUGAUAAGCACGACAAAUACGCUUUGACGGGGAUGGGCAAUGUCCACUUGCUCGCAGCCCGCGAUAUGCGGCGCGAGACAGACCAAGACAAGGAAAAGAGGCGCAAGAUGUAUGAACGGGCAGUGGAGUUUUUCCACAAGGCUCUACAACUAGAUUCGAAGAAUGCCUACGCCGCUCAGGGCAUUGCGAUUGCGCUCGUGGACGACCGCAAGGACUUCGCUGGUGCAGUGCAGGUAUUCUCCAAAGUCAAGGAUACGGUGAAAGACGCCAGUGUUUACCUCAACCUCGGACAUGCUUAUGGAGAACUGAAGCAAUACGCUCGGUCGAUUGAGAACUAUGAAUUAGCCUUGUCAAAAGAUCGAGCGCGCGAUACACAGGUGUUGGCAUGUCUCGGGCGAGUGUGGUGGUUGAGAGGGAAGCACGAAAAGAACCUAUCCGCAAUGCAGUCGGCUCUCGACUAUGCUUCUCGGGCUCUCGCCGUUGCGCCAGAACAGGUACAUCUCGAGUUCAACGUUGCAUUUGUUCAAAACCAGAUUGCGGUAUUGGUAAACAGCCUGCCAGAAAUGCAACGGACGGUCCAGGACCUCCAGCAAGCAGCCGAGGGCCUCGAAAAGGCAAUUGAAACCUUUAGGCGCAUUGCGCAAGUGAAGAACCCUCCAUACCCACCGGGCUCCCUGGAACAGCGCGCAAACAUGGGCCGCAACACCAUCAGCAAGCAGCUCGAACGAUCCAUCCAAAGCCAAAAGGACUUUGAAGAAAAGAACGCCCUCAAAUUGCAAAAGGCGCGCGAAGCCCGCGACGCCGAGCUAAAACGCCGCGAAGAAGAAGUCCGCAAAGCGCAAGAAGCCGAGCUGGAACGAAAACGUCAACUCGCAGAGCAACGCCAGAAAAUGGUUGAGGAAACGCAGCGCCUGGCAAUACAGCGAGCCGAGGAGCAGCGCGCGCGCGAGGCAGUUGAUUUUGGGACGGAUUCGGAGACUGGAGAGAAACAACAAAAGCGCAGACCCAAGAAAACUUCCAAGCGCAAGAAGAAGGAAGAUGACGAUAUUGUCUCGGAUGGACGCAGCGUCAGCGUUUCGCGCUCCGAUGGUGGUGAUGCAUCGCCAGCACCCAAGAAGCGAAGGCGCCUGGAACGCCGCGGAGGAGGAGGAGGAGGAGGAGGAGCAGGAAAAGCCGCAAAAGUCACAAAAGAGAAGCCCGGUAAAUACAAGAGCAGCGAACUUGUCGUCGACUCGGACGAGGAAGACGAAGACGAUGCCGCUGCUGCUGCUCCAGUGGAAGCCGAUGAUGACGUCGCCUCGCGAACUGCCGAUGAUCUAUUCGACCAAGACGAUGAAGAAGAAGACGCCGUUGUCACGCCAGCACAAAAAGACCGCGGCCGUGUUCGCGGCAGUAAGCGUGUGGUCGAUGAUAGCGACGACGAGGAUGUCGAACCAGCUGCAGCGGCAGCUGUCAAUGAAGAUGAGGAGAUGGAAGAUGUUGCGGAUGAAUAA